AAAUUGUCACAAUAUUAAUUAAUAAUUGUGAAUGUAAGAGAUCGAAGGGUUGGCUGCGAUUAUUGCGACGAUAGUGUGUUCUUCACACACAUGUGGAGCAAUUUGUGUCGAUGUAGACAGACACAGUAAGAGCGAAUACAACUAGCAGGACAAGUACAUAUUGGCUGACUGGGAAUACUACACAGUAUAGAGUAUACAGUGGUUAGCGGUUGAUGAACGCGCAGAGUAGCUAAUCGAAUUAUCGUUGCUUUGAAGAUCAGAGUCCGUGGAUGAUCGGAUCACGUGGCCAAUGGACGAAUUCCCAGCGAUGCGAAUCACUUCCGUGUGCUCGGACAUGUCAUUCCGUACACACACGUCCAUCUGUAGAUUCGCUCCGUAUAACGCACAAUUACAGACUCAUCUUGUCUCCUCUCUUCUGCAUCCAUUCUAUUCUGCCUCAACUUCAGCUUGUAGUUGAUCGGUACGAGAUGACGAUGGACGUAAGCAAAAGUGAGUCCAAUAAAAUUGGAUCUACUUCUCAAGAUUGCGCUGGAUGUGGAAAAGCUAUUACCGAAAGAUAUUUAUUAAAAGCACUGGACAUGCUUUGGCACGAAGAUUGUUUAAAGUGCGGGUGCUGUAACUGCAGACUCGGAGAACUGGGUUCGACCCUCUACACAAAAGCCAACUUGAUCCUCUGCAAGCGCGAUUAUCUCAGGUUGUUUGGUAACACCGGAUACUGCGCAGCGUGUUCGAAAGACAUACCAGCCUUCGAAAUGGUUAUGAGAGCCAGGACAAAUGUUUAUCAUCUCGAAUGUUUUGCUUGUCAACAAUGUAAUCAUAGAUUCUGCGUGGGUGACCGUUUCUACCUAUGCGAGAAUAAAAUCCUAUGUGAGUACGACUACGAGGAGCGACUAGUCUUCGCGAACAUGGCCUUACACCCACCGCCAACGGCGACAUUGGCGCACAUCAAGCGCCAGGUAACGCAUCUCCAGCCACAGGCUUUGGCACAAGGCAAUACGAGGCAGACAAACGGAGACGCUGGGCAUAACCACAACGGGUACCCGACUCCCGCGACCUCGGCAGCCCAUAACGCUCUAAACCCCAUGAAUAAUUUAAACGGCAUCAACGCACAAGCUACCUACGACACCAAAUGACAAACAAAGUAAAAUACAAGGUUACUAAAAUCGAAUCACAGCCACCCGACCCCUAACAGCUACUCUAGCAGUUAUAUUAAAAAUAACAAUAAUAAUAACGAUCCAUACGUAAGAACAAGAAGAAAACGGAACAUCCGUAUGCUGCCAAAUAAUAAAUCUUGUUUUAUUGCUGAUUCGAUUUUGAUUUCACAUAAAUAAACUAAUAAAUAUAAAUAAAUACUAACAAUAAGCUAAAUUAUAUAAUAGUAGACAUUGAUUAUUUGCCAAUAAAUUGUGAUCGCAGGUAUGGAAGAAGUUUACACAGUUUUAAAAUUUAAUUUUAUUUAAUUUAACAUAACUACACAGUAAAAAACUUUGCGUCA